UCAGAGACUGACUUUAGGAAAAUCGAUCGGCGCUCAUCGUCGUCGGGUAAACGACGCCUCUGUAAAAGCAUCGCGUGUGUCAAUUCGCAACGACGCGGUAACGAGAAAGCAUCAAUUUAGGGGUGCAAGUUCUCCCUAGUCUCUCCCUAGGCUCUCCCUAGGCUGUCCUCCGCCGAGACAGCCCUCCAAAUGUUGAGAGCCGCCUGGUGUUACCGAAACGAUACGAAACGUUCCUUCUUCCAGUCUCUCCUGGAAAAUGUGCGAGUACGGUGCUCGCCAGAUACUGGCGCUACAGUGAUCCAGUGAAAUUUCGCUUGUUCCUCGGUCGUCACACUGUGUGGUGGCCCGUAAAGACGAACGGAUGCUGUCGCAGCUUCACAAGUUAACCCGAGAACAGAGAAAGGGAAGAACGCGUCGAAGACUUCCGUCGUGAAACGGGCUAAUCCAUGAAACUAUUUAGAAUAGAAUUCCGUGGUAUCGCAAGCUGCAGAACCUACACGGUAUCCUUCCUCUCAUACGAUUAUCGCCAUUUGUCGACACACGGAUUAAUCAUACACCGGUGCUUCUCUACACACUAGUGAAAAACGACAAUAAUUUUCCAACACCUUUCUACGUACAUCGAUCUAACACAGCCUGGUAUACCUAAGGCCAGCAUCAAAAUAUUAGAAAAUAGUGAUCUGUCCUCGAUGCACGUUACAAGCGAUAAGUGGUCGGACAUUCGGCUGAAAAAUUCUCGUGGCAACAGAAUUAAUCGGUGAACGGUGUCCUGCGCCCUUAUUCCCGAGGACGAGAAUAGGUGGGAGGAGAUCGUCUACCUCUUUAUACGUGGAAUGAUAAUAAAGAAGAGCGACGGGAUAGGCAGGCACGGGGCGACAUUAUGCAAAGAGUGGAUCUGAAUGUACCCAACUCUCCCCUCAGAGUGUUUCCCCUUGGGAUGGCGAUAGGGGCGCUAGCUGAAAUCGCGAUCAAGCUCAUCAUCAGCGGUUACAUACUCGCCGUGGUCGUCUAUGUGAAUGCCACAGGAAACUGGGAUAAAGAUGAUGAUUUAGUGGCAACUUUUGAAGUCAGUGCCGUUCUUGGACGUAAAGCUAGGUUGCCUUGUGACAUUGAACCGUCCACGCGAGAGGAUCGCGUAUACAUGGUGCUCUGGUUUCGCGACGAUGCGGUGAAACCAAUUUACAGUUUCGACGUGCGAGGAAGAUCAUUCAACAAGGCUCUGAAUUGGUCGGACAGCACCGUCGUAGGACCAAGAGCUUCUUUCGUCACCGUAACAAGUCCAGCCGCUCUUUCAUUGGAAGCAGUUCAAUUGGACGAUGAAGGAAUCUAUCGGUGCAGGGUUGAUUUCAAAAAUUCGCCCACAAAAAACUUUCAAGUGAACCUCACCGUGAUAGUUCCACCACAUCAGCUCUUAAUUUAUGACAGCUCAGGGGUGGAAGUGGAGAACACAGCAGGACCAUUCCAAGUGGGGGUUGAAUUUGGUCUGUCUUGUGAAGUAAGGGGAGGCAAACCAACGCCAGUGGUGAGUUGGUUGGUGAACGAAAGAGAGAUGGACAGCAGAUUGGAAGAAAUCGGACGAAAUAUAGUUGUCAGUAAAUUAAUGAUACCUCAAUUGAGAAGGGAACACCGUAACACUACUUAUAAGUGUCGAGCCUCGAAUACAAACCUUAUACCUCCGUUAGAGAAGACUGUUCUCUUAGACGUUUACUUGAAGCCAUUGUCGGUGAAAAUUUUAUCGAAACCAACGAUUCUCGAGACGGAGAAAGACUAUUCCAUCGUUUGCGAAACGAUAGGGUCUCAUCCUCGAGCGCGAAUCAUUUGGUUGAAGAAGAACACCGUCUACCACAACGGCAAAAUACUCGACAGUGGUAACGCCUCGGUGGUUUUAAGCACGCUGAUCUUUUCACCCAUCCCGGACGACAAUGGAAAGAUCCUCAAGUGUCGAGGAGAAAAUCCAGCACUGCCAGACGCGUAUUUAGAAGACUUCUUUCAAUUAAACGUAGUAUUUCCACCUAAAGUACAAUUACACUUAGGUAGCACUUUAAACGCUGAAAAGAUCAAAGAAGGGGACGAUGUUUAUUUCGAAUGCAAAGUCCUUGCUAAUCCGGAACACCAUAAAAUUACUUGGAGGCACAACGAUGCGGUAUUGACGCAAAAUUAUUCAGCUGGAAUAAUCAUGAGUACUCAGAGCCUCGUGCUGCAAAAGAUAGGUCGUGACAAUGCAGGAAAUUACACGUGUCUUGCGAGCAACGACCGUGGUGAGACCACGAGUCCAGUGGUAACAUUACGUGUACAGUUUGCGCCGGUUUGCAAGGCGAAAGAUGUAUCAGUAAUCGGAGCAUCACUGGAGGAAUCAGUGAAGGUACGCUGCGAGGUCGACGCUGAUCCCAACGAAGUGGAAUUCGUCUGGGAAUUCAACAACAGCGGGGAGAAUUUCGAGGUUGCUCCAGUGAAGUUUGAUGGUAACAAUGGGACAAUGAGCGAGCUCGUUUAUACACCAGUGUCUGAAAGAGACUACGGAGCUCUGACGUGUUGGGGUAGGAACAUAAUAGGGAAACAGGAAACACCCUGCAUUUAUCAAAUCAUUCCUGCAGUGAAACCAAAUCCUUUGAAUAAUUGUACGAUAAAGGCGUCACUGAAUCAAAGUUCCGAGAUAUUAGAAGUGGAAUGCGUGCCAGGAUACGAUGGUGGAUUGAAACAAGAGUUCCGAUUAGAGGGCUACGAGGUCCGCACUGGUAAUCUAAGGGUAAACGCGUCGAGUGUGUCCGCGGAUUUACCCAUAUUUCGUAUAGCAGUGGCGGAUCUUCUUCCUGCCACGCAUUUUUACUUCGUUACAUACGCGGUGAAUGCAAAGGGAAAGAGCGAAGUAAGUUUGUUAGAGGACAUAAUGUUAAGAGACUCCGAGAAGCAUACAGACAGCGGAGUAAGCAUGGUUCCACUUAUUUUACUUCUUAUCGGUUGCUUAAUGGCAUUUGGCGUCACAAUACUCUCGGUGAUGUUAAUGAUGUAUCGACGUAGAGGCUCGACAUCUCCGGUUCAUAUCGAGCCGUACAUGAAGCAACCAAUAAUUACUCCUCCGGAUUCAAGAAACAAUUCAAUGCUCGACGUUACACACGGAGAUCAUACUUAUUUCGUCGAGUACACGUUGAAACAAGUGACCGAUUAUGCGCUCAACAAUCAACCAGAUAUCAUACAGUCACCACAAGACCAAGAAAAAAUCAAACGGGAACCACAAUUAUUUUUACCCGUACGACCAGAUACACUGUUCGCACCAUACGACAUUCAUAAGCAAGGACUUCAAAGUAAUAGAUGCAGCUUGAAUCCAUUUUCCACAAAGUCUUGGGAACCUAUUAGUUUCAAGGCUGAUCGUAAUUUAAUGAAGGAAAUCAUCAUUGCCAACUCCAUACCUGGUCCAGAAAGUUGUGUGUAAAGAAACCAAAAUAAUUUGAACGAAUGGAACGAGUAAACAUAUCAAGAAGAGCGAUCUCAAAGCCUAAAUAAUCGUAUGAUUAAUUGUAAUUGGCAUCGAGAUUGAAACAUCAAACUGCAACUGGUCUCUUCAACGAGUUGGUGUAUAUUGCACAAAAAAAAAAAAUUAACAAACUGGCAUAGUGCGAGCAUUGCGACGUAUUAUGCACCGCUUAAAGGUCAAAUGUCUCAUUGAAAACCUAUGGAAGUCUAAAAAAAAGAAUCUAGGAAUCGUCAAGACUAGUUGCAUACUAACUAAACGCUACACAUGGUGUAUUAUUCAAGUUUAAUAUAUUUUGUGUCAAGUCUUAGAAGGUUUUUCCUUAUUAAGCCAUCAAUUUAACCCAGACAAAUACCACAUUUAUUUUUAUUUGAAGAAUCAUCGUUAUAUCUAUUGAUCUUUGUAAAUAUUAAGAAGAGCUCAAUUUAAAAUAAUUUAUGUUUGGCAUGAGUGUACCGAAGAGAGGUAAUGCAAGAUUUUCCAUUAUUGCAAAGAUAUCCCCGGAAAUAAAUACUGCAUAUCAACCA